AUGGCGUCAAUUCGGUCUGUUCUUAUUGUGGCAAAGGCUGAAUUUUUCAAUGUUAGCAGAACUGGUGCCGUCAGAAUAAAGCAACCAACGACGAAAUUGAUUCCAACAAGAUCACUUACCAUACCCGCAAAACUUUUUCAAUUCUCGAAUGCAGCACUUAUUAAACCCAUUAACUCCUCAUUUACUCGUAGUGUAACUACUGAAAGCACUGAUAAUACUAUAAAUGAAACCAACUUGAAACCCAGUUUUCCUUAUAAUAAACAUUUCACUGCCUGGUUAGAAGGUGUUGGAAUGCUUAGAUAUUCUGCUAUUUUUGAAGGAAUGAGAUGGCAAGAUAUUAUAAACCUAAAUCGGUAUGAAUUAACAUUAAUGGGUGUUAAAGAUAUAGAGUCGGCAUGGAGAUUGGGUUCGUGUUUUUGGAUUAUAAAAUGUGAUCUUGCAAUGAAGGAAGGAAAAAAGCUACAAUAUUGGGGUGGUAAAGAUAGAUAUUCACCCGCGUUCAAGGAUAAGAGCUGGCGAGAAAUUAUCGAUAUGGACUAUAAAGAUCUAAAAGCUUUAGGUAUUAGCUCUGUCGAUGACAGAAAGGCUGAAAAUCCUAAUGAUUCUGAAGAGAUCUCUAACACUACAUAA